AUGGGCUGCAGGCGACCGGCCACGCCGCGGGGCCUCCCGCAGGAGCAAGGCCUGGGCGCGCCGGCACUCCCGCGCUGCCUAGCCCCGGUCGCCCGAGGCACUGGGGAGGGCGCGAGGCGGAGAAGAAAGGCUCUUCCCGCAGGUCGGUCCGGCUCCACGGAGCAUAACCAUGAACAGGAGACGACCGCGACGGCCCGGCCGUACCCACGCCACGCUGGGUGCCUGGUGCCCAAGGCGCGCCCCAGUCAGCCCCUUCUACGAAAGUUUCUUUUUUGCUUCGCCCCACCCGAAAAGUGCGGCCCGGACGAGGGCGCCGAGGACAGCCCGCGGAGGGCGAGGAGGAAGUGGUGCCCGCGGGAGCGCGGCCGGGCAGAGGAAAUGCCCGCGCCGCCCGCCCCCGCCCUUGCAGCCCGCCCCGGCCCCCCGCCCCGCCGCGACUUUGGCGGGCCGAGCCCCGCGCGCCACUGGCGGCGGCGGCGGCAGAUGUGGCCCCGGCUGCCCCAACGAGCCAACAAUGCCGGGCCGGCAAAACAAAAGGGAUCCGCUUCGCCUCCUUCUCGGCCUCUCACUUACACUCUCGGGGAGCCGCGCGGGAUCCCGGGCCGACAGGGGCCGCGCCCCCAGGGGCCCAGAGCCACGCGCGCCCCGACUUGUCCCCGCCGACCCCGGUCUCUCCUCCCCCCACCCCCGCCCGCCCGCCUCAUAGGCGCAAGGCCUGCCGCACCCCGGUAUGCUCGGACUCCUGGUCCCCAGGGAUCCGGUCGUAUUGUCCCCGCGGCGCGCCGCGCGCUCGUCCAAGAUCGCCAGCGGCCCCUGCGCGCGUACCCACCGGGCUCCAGGAGCAAGCCGGGGGCGCCUAGGAAACCGCCGCCAGACGCCGCCGCCGCUGCCCUCCGGACGCCGCUGCGCUCCGGGUUUUUCUUUCCUUUUUUUUUUUCCAAUCCUGAUGGGAAGGAAGGUGACCGCCUACUUCGCAUUCAUCAACUCUCAUCACAACAACAAAAAUCCUGGCGCAAAGGGCGGGCAGCAGGCGCAAUCGGUAGCGAGGGGCGGCGGGCAAUAUCCCCCCCCCCAGGCGGGCGUCCACCUCCGAGCGCGGCGUGCGGACACGGGGCCGGGGGCGCUGACCAAAGAUGUCCUCGGAUGCUGGCCCGGUGUCCUUCGCCCUCCUCCUCCCGGAGUGGCGCAGUGAGGCGCGGGCACGGCGCCCCAGCCAGCGGCCGCAGGAGGAGGAAAGCGCAGAGAAAAGGAAAGGGAAGGACGGAAGCGGCGCGGGCCGCUGCUCCGGUGCCCUCUGGCUGCGCAGGAGCGAGGCGGGAGGCGAGAUACUUCUCACUACAAAUCGGCUCUCUCCAGGGAUUAGCGGCUACGCGAAAGUGCACACUGGCGCAGCGGGCAGCCAAGGGGGCCGGGCAAGGCAGACACUCCCCGGCCCAACCCCACGCCACCCUAGAGGCUCUGGGGAGGCGCGGGGGUCCCGAAGCCGGUGCGGUGACGCCACCCGCCCUCGCUUUCCUUCCUCCUCCGCCCCUUCCACGUGGGGCCCGCCACGUGGGGAGACGCGAGCUCCGGCGGGCCUCGCCGCGGUCCCCCGGGUGGCCCCGGCUCGGUAGGGCCCCCACCACUCCCGCGCAGCUGACCUGCCCUCUACUCGGCCCCGAGGCUCCAACUUCCUCUUGGGCCCUGUGCAGGCCACCGGUGCCGUCCCAGGCCCGCGAGGUCAGGCGCGGGCCGGCCACAGGGGGCACUUGCGUUCCCCGAUCCCAGAUCCGGGAGACCGUGCCGGCUGCGGGUGCGCGCGGAGACCGAUCUGUGUACUGGAACUUGUCGCGGUGUGUUCGCUACGAGAAGCCAAAUGUUUUUACACAUUUAAAAAUUUUGUCUUUCUGCUGUCAGGAUGUCGCUGGAGCUGUUUUGAAAGCCUUCCCUUGGGUCGGAUCCCCAGCCUCUCUGAGGCCUUGGGGUCCCGAGGGUCGCUUUGCGCGGUGCCCUUUCACGAGUCCACAAGUGUCUCGGUGUUCUGCGGUUGGAAUCUGGACUCCCAACGAGGAUGGGGCACUGCGGCCGCGAGAGCCUAGACAACAUCUGGGCUGGAUUCCUUGGCCAUGACCCGCGACAUCCGAGCGCUAUCCCCGGAAGGGAGCCAGCUCUUUGCGCCCAGGGCCUCCCAAGACUUUAGGCGCGCGGCUUCUAAGGAACCCUGUGACGCUGAGCAGAGCCCUUGGGUGCAAUUGUUUUUCUAUCUUUUGGGGUGCUAGCGUUUGAAUUGAGGUGUUGGGUUGUACGUUCGAGAAAAGGGGGUCUAAUGUCACAACUUUGAAGGUCACAGGGACCGCCAUUCAGAAAACCACUUCUAGCGGUGUGGCCUACGGACCGGAGAAAUUUAUAGCGGACGUGGGCCGCGUGAGGCCUCUGAGUCCUUGAACCCAGCGCUGAGCACUUUAUCUCGACCUGUUUGCUAAAGUGCACACCCAGAUGCCGCCCGCAAGACCGGCAAUGUGGGGUUUCUAUGAUUGUUUUAUAGUCCUACUGGUUUUUAAACUAGUUUACAAACCUUUUCUGAAUGGCAGCGCGGGAACAGUCCCUUUCAAACAUACCUGUCUUGGUUUUAUGUGCCCCUAAAAGGCCUGGGGCUGGUCAGUCACGAAGUAACUCACAAUCCCGAUGUUCGGUGAGAGAAUUCACAGGUGUGCACCCACCCCUCCGUCUUCCAGGGCUUUGUGUUCUCAGGGAUUCCUCUAAAGAGUUCACUGCUAUCUCCAGCAGCUUCACUUCAAGGUUGUGGGGCCCAAGACCUGCUUGUAAACUGACCUUGCAGCAUACCCCAGGCUUCUGUGCCACCAGUUCCUGCCUUAUGAGUUGCUUGGUCCUGUGGUCGUGAAAGCUCCUGCUUCUUUGUUUCUCAGAUCUUUGCCCUCGGUGGUCUUUUAUUCUUCCCGAGAAACCGUGGCCCGCUGGCUUUUCCAGUUGCUUGCUCAGCUUUCCUCCAGUCUAAUUUUGAAUUCCAUUUUAAUACUAUGGUGGACCCUGCGGGCUGGCUGAGUCUGCAAAGGAACUGCCAAGCCCAAGGAUCUGAGUUCGAUCCCCAAUGCCUAGUGAAAGGAAAAGGAAAGAGUGGACGAAGUUGUCCUCAGACCCCUGCACAUGUAUCACAAUUCACACAACCAAAGGAAAACACGACCCUCUUAAGAUUUCAGAACUAAAAAUUAUUCCAAACUUCUGCCUGACAGCCUGCUUUUUAAAAUAUGAAGCCCAGGCUGGGGGAAGCAGCGCAAUGGGCAGAACACUGGACUGGCUUAGAUGAGGUCCCAGGUUCAUCCCUUGCUCCUUGGGACAGGCGAAUCUGGCAGCCACCUAGAUGGUGUUGACACAGGUAAUACUUUGGUGCUGGCACAAUGGCUCGGUGUGUAAAGCACUUGCCCCCGAGCCUGGCAACCUACAAAGGGCAAACUGACUCCUCCAGGCUGUCCUCUGGUCACCAUGCAUGUGUCGUGAAUGACAUGCCCACCACACAAAAUAAAAAUAAACAAAAACCCAGUGCUGGAGAGAUGGCUACGCAGCUAAGAGCACUUGCUGCUCUUCCAGAGGGAUCUGAUCUCAGUUCCCAGUAACCACAUAGGGUGGCUCACAGCCACUCCCAACUCCAGCUCUGAGGGAUCCAAUGCCCUCUUCUGAUCUACAAGGGUGCCCACGUGCGUGUGCAUACAUACACAUUCAAAUAAAAAAUCUUUAAAUGUUAAAUUAUUUAUUAACAUGUGUUGGUAUUUUGGCCUGUGUGUAUGUCUGUGUGAGGGAGUCCGAUCCACUGGAACUUGAGUUGUGAGCUGCCAUGUACGCGCUGGGAAUUGAACCAGGGUCCUUUGGAAGAGCAGCCCAAUGCUCUUAACCGCUAAGCCCCUUUUAAAUUUUGAAAAUAUAAAGAGACUCUAAUAGAUACUUCUGUGAGGAUGAUGUGCGAAUGGCCAAGAAGCAUGCUCUCAUUAAAUGUUCAGCCUCAGUCACUAGGGAACUACAAAUGAAAACCACAGUAAGAUAGCACUAAUUAUCCACUGGGGUGACUGUCACCAGCAGAAGGGGAAAUGAUGUGGGGAAAUGGGAGCCCCUGUGCAGUGCUGAUGGGGGUGUGACUGGUUCCCCACGGUGGGAGUGGCGGCUCCUCAGAAAGUUAACAUAGAAUUGCUAUAUGAUCCAGCAAUGUCAUCUCUGACUAUAUGUCCCCAACGGACUGAAAGUAGAGGCUUAAAUGGUUGUGAAUAUACCCAUAUUCAUAGUAACAUUAUCCCCAACAAGCAAAAGGUGAAAACAGCACAGUGUCUAUUAGUGACAGAUGACUAAAUGAAAUACGGACUAUUGAUUAUUCAGCCUUUAAAAACGAAUAAAGGGCCGCGUGGGGUGCUGCACACCUUUAGCUCCAGCACGUGGAGAGCAGAGUUCGGUGGAUCCCAGUGAGUACAAGGCUAUCCUGGUCUACAUAAUGAGUUCCAGGACAGCCAGGAACACAUAGUGGGACCCUGUCUCAAACCAAGGAAUGAAGGGCUAGGGAGAUGGCUCAGGGGGUAAGAACGCUUGCCGCACAAAUGUGAAGACCUGAGCUCAGAUCCAAAGCACUGAGAUAGAAAGCCAGGCAUAGCUGCCUAGCACUGGAGUGGGGUAUAGUGGGGCGAGAGAUGAGAGAGUCACUAGGGCUUGAUGACCAACUAGUCUAGGAGAAAAAAAAUGCCCCCAGUUCAGUAAAAGUGGAGAGUGACCGAGCAGGACACCCUCAUCCUCUCCUGGCCUAUGCAGUGGCGCGGGCAUGCCACACACACACAUGCAUGCACGUCACUAAAAAGAGGAAAUUCUGAAUUGUCAUAGUAUAGACGAAUGUUGAAAAAAAAAAGGCUUAGUGAAGCAAAGGACAAAUAAUGUUUAACUCCGUUUACACGUGGUAAGUAAAGAAGCAUAACCAGAAAAAGCAGAGCGGUGGCGACUGGGAACUGAAGGGAGACAGCGUUGGCAUGAUUGUUCAGCAGCCCUGCAAGCCUGGGGACCUGGGCUGGAGCCCCAGCACCACAUGCAUACACACUGGAAAUUACAAUAAUUUUU